UUUGGCUCAGAUCUAGCCAGAUCGCCAGAGCAUGAUGCGACGCGCUGUGGCUGGGGUUCUGGCGCUUUGUGCGGCCGAGGACCCAUCAACGCUCACAACCUCAAGCCCCAGCCUUCGUGUAGUGGCUGAUGACCAGAGGUCUUGUGCAGAGGAAUUUGAAGAGUUCAUCCGGAAAUUCGGCAAGAAGUAUGACUCUUUGGAGGAGAAGGAAAGACGAGCAGCAAUCUUCUGUCAGAACCUAGAGUUCAUCAAGCAGAGAAACAGUGAGGGCCACAACUACACAGUGGGCGUCACCCCUUUUGCAGAUAUGACGACAGAGGAGUUCCGCUCCAGCUUCGGUUUGCCACCAGAGUCUCGGAACCUCUCCGCGAUCUGGGGAGGCUUGCCUGAGGAGGCGCCUCUCCUGCGGGGCACUUUGGGCGGGCCCCCGGACUCCGUAGACUGGCGCCGUUCUGGUGCAGUGUCAGUUGUCCAAAAUCAGGGCCACUGCGGUGCCUGCUGGACUUUUGCCACUGCUGGUGCCAUCGAGGGUGCGUGGAAGGUGGCGGGCGGCUCUUUGUACACUUUGUCCGAGCAGCAGCUUCUGGACUGCGCGGACGACACCUAUCACAACUCAGGAUGUAAGGGUGGCAACCCUAUGAAUGCGUUCGUCUACGUGCGUGACAAGGGCCUUUGCACAGCUCGCUCCUACAACUACAGGGCCGUGCAAUCUGGCUGCCAGGCGAACAGCUGUACCCAGGUCAUCCCCCCUGGCGGCGUGCGCGGCUACAGGGCUGUGGCCCACGACAGCGAGAGCGCUUUGAUGGAGGCGGUGGCGCAGCAGCCCGUGUCCGUGGCCAUUGACGGCGAUUCUGUGGUGUUUCAGCUCUACACCGGUGGCGUCAUUACCGGAGACUGCUUCACCAAAAUUGACCACGGAGUGCUGCUGGUUGGCUAUGGCAACGACGGUGGAACACCCUACUGGAUCAUCAAGAAUUCCUGGGGAGCGAGCUGGGGUGAAGAUGGCUUUGGCAGGCUUUCCCGCAAAGCUGGUGGGCUGGUAGGAGAAUGUGGGAUUCUCAGCGAUGCGUCUUAUCCCGUCCUCAAUAAGGGUAAGGUUGUGCCGGGCACGUGGGACCCAGACCCGGGCACUGUGGCUGGCAUCAUUUUCGCUGUCAUUUGUGGUUGCUGCGUGGCGGGCUUCAUGUACUCCCAGCUUUGCGCGCGGCGGAACCGCCGCCAGCCACCGUUGCUGGCAUCGCAGCCUGCGCAAGUGCAGGCAUCGCGCUUUUCGAUGCCCAAUCCAUGGGCCCGCCAAGCUGUGACGCCUGCACCUGCACCAAGUGCCACAGCGCCGUAUGCUGCACAGCCAGCCGCGUCUGCGCCGCCGCAGGCCCCGGGCCGCAGCGGCAAUUCCGCCCCGUCUCGCUUGCUGCAGCAGAACAAGUGAUCGCCAGGCUCUGACUGCUUGGGAUUGCUGAUGACCACGAUAGGUUUUGCAAAGACAGUACUGCCCGUACCACAUCUGCCUGUACCAUGCCUCCCCCUGCUCGAGGUACGGGAGGGACUGGCCAUGUGGUCUAAGACCAAGAAGGCCGACCUUCGCUUUGCAGCUGGAUUCCUCGAACCAAUGCUGCUGGGUCA